UCAACGAUCGCCAAGAUCCUACUAAAACACAGUUUUCAAACUGAAACGAUUCGCUCCCUAUCAUGGCAGAAGCUAGGCUUGCCGUGGGCUUCCAGUUACAAGUCACUGAGGAAGGAAUACAUCUUCAUUUCGACAGCGAUGCUUUUAAAUUCGUCCUUCGCGCCAUGGCAAAAACAGCCAAAAGACGCGUAAACGAUCUGAAACAUGCUAUUUUGAAGCGUUCCUUCCCGGCUACACCAGCUUCAUGGUUCGUUCUAGUUGCUGCAUUGAGUGCUGCCAGGUAUUCUGAGCAUCAAGCGACAUUAGGAGUCCUCAGAAAGCUAGAAGGAGGGAUUCCAGGUGCCCAUAAUCUCAACCAAUCAACUGUCAUUGCUCUGGCUGUGCUGUUUGUUGCUACAGUAUUAUGGCUAUUGAUAGGGAACAUUCUGCAGUUUACUUUGCGUCAGCUUCUAAAAUACCGGAAAUUUCUUUAUGAGCCAAGAGGUAAAAUAUCAUUUAAGACAAGGUGUUGGUGGACCCUUGUUAAACUCUUUGGAGGCCGUAAUCCAUCUUUGUUCAGUUAUGAGAAUUCUAUGCCUUACCUCCCAGUACCUGACUUGGAUCAAACUGUUCAAAAGUACUUGGAAUCUGUUGAACACCUUAUGGAUUCUGAGAAGUACCAAAGAAUGGAAAUGUUGGCAAAAGAAUUUAAGGAUACAGUUGGAUCAAGACUGCAAAGAUAUCUUGUCCUGAAAUCAUGGUGGUCAACCAACUAUGUUACUGAUUGGUGGGAGCAGUAUGUCUACCUGCGAUCAAGGUCUCCAUUAAUGAUCAACAGCAACUACUAUGGAGUGGAUAGUGUCAAUCAUCCAACCAAGGUCCAAAGUGCCCGUGCUGSCAACUUCAUUCAGGCUUUAUUUUACUACCGAAAGCAGAUCCUAAAAGAGAAAUUGGAACCUCAAUUUGCACUUGGUAUUGUCCCUGUGUGCUCAUUUCAAUUUAGUAGGAAUUUUGGCACCACAAGAAUUCCUGGCAAAGAACAAGACCGGUUAGAAACUUACAAUAGUGCCACUCACAUUGCUGUGUACCACAGAGGAAGAUUCUUUAAGCUUGAAUGCUACUUUAGAGGAUACCUUCUCAAACCUGCUGAYUUAGAGAGGCAAAUUGAAAAAAUUCUUAAUGACAACUCAGAGCCAUUGCCAGGCGAAGAACUUCUGCCAGCAUUGACUGGAGCUAACAGGACUGUUUGGGCUGAAGCCAGAGAAAAAUAUCUAAGAGAAGGAGUCAAUAAAACUUCUUUAGAUGUCAUUGAAAAGGCGGCAUUUGUACUUUUCCUGAAUGAAGAAGAGAUGGAUUAUUCAGAGGAGAGUUCAGAUAACCUCGAUAGAUUUGCUCACCAUACUAUCCAUGGUAAUGGCCAUAACAUUUGGUUUGACAAGUCCUUCUCUUUGAUGGUGUUUAAGAAUGGACGGAUUGGGUUCAACUUUGAACACUCAUGGGCCGAUGCACCCAUUUGCUCUCACAUGGCCGAAUGUAUUGUCACAGAUGAUGUUAAAUACUUAGGUUAUAAGGAAAAUGGGCACUGCAAGGGUGAACCUUUGUUCGAAAAUCUUCCAAAUCCGGCAAGAUUAGAGUGGGAUAUACCUCCCCAGUGUGUGGACGUAAUUGAAGAAUGCCAGCGCAAAUCUAAACUACUCAUUUCUGACUUGGAUAUUCACAUUAAAGUUUUCAACGAGUUUGGAAAAGGAGUGAUGAAGAAAUGCAAAGUCAGCCCUGAUGCCUUUAUCCAGAUGGCUUUACAACUGGCUUAUUACAAGGAUCAAGGACGAGUUGACCUGACUUAUGAAUCAUCUAUGACCCGACUCUUCAGAGAAGGUCGUACAGAGACCGUAAGAGCUUGCACUAAAGAAUCAACCAUCUUCGCAAAAGCAAUGAUGGAUCCUAAGAAGACGAAAAGCGAGAGGAAAGAACUUUUUCAGAAGGCAGUGGAUCGACAUGUUUUGGGGUUCAGACAAGCAAUGGAGGGUAAAGGAAUUGACCGUCAUUUGUUCUGUUUGUAUGUGGUGUCCAAGUAUCUUGAAGUUGAUUCUCCAUUUCUGAAUGAGGCUCUGAGUGCUUCAUGGAGGCUGUCGACUAGUCAGACCCCAACGAACCAGACCAAGAGACUAGACUUGAGUAAGAACCCAGAACUGUCAACUGCUGGCGGAGGCUUUGGGCCUGUUGCUGAUGAUGGUUACGGUAUAUCUUACAUCAUCGGUGGAGAACAUCUCUUGUUCUUCCAUGUGGCUUGCAAGAAAACUGCGCCAAAUACCAAUGCAAAGAGAUUUGGAAACACGAUUGCUGAAAGCUUGAAGGAGAUACGCGAUCUUUUUGUUUGAAAUCGAACAGAAACAAGAUUUAUGGGAAGUGAAUGGGAAAAAAGUAAAGGCCAAUUAAACGACGUUAUCUUGCCACAGCAAAGGACCUGUUUACUUGCCYUUAUGAUCAAAAGUCUCACAAUAAUUUGAGAUGUGUCAUUGAAGGUAUACAAAUAACUAUAAUUAACAUAUUUUGAUAAAUAUAUAUUGUCUACCUGUUCUACUAUUUACAUUUACGGYACGGACAGCUACUAGAUUUCAAAUCGAGUCUAGUCUUGGUUUGUGGCUUCCGUCGAUUAAAUUAGCACACUGUCUGAGUGAUUUUUUGAUCGGCGGAAGUUAAAAAUCCCGACGUUCUUGGGCUGAGUUGGAGUUGGUCGCGGCCAUAAUUAUGGGAAUGAGUGUAAUGUUAUUCAUGCAUUUCGAUCGUAAUCAGAAAAUAUUCAUAGAUUCUUCGUAAUUGCUACAGUAUUUAGCUUUUUUAAUCACCAGAGACGCAGGCAUAGAGUGUAAUUGUAUAUGAGUGGAAAAUUGAUGCUCGUGUAUCAAGAAACGGAGUGAACCAAACACUACAAGCGAAUUGACCACUCAUUUUGCGCUUUUAUAAGUUGCGCUUGCGUCGCUGGCAAGAACCAGGUUUUACAAACAAUAAACUUGCGUGGAUUAAGUCUGCUCASUUAGACAAAGGUAAAUAAUGAAGUAAGGGAGUGCUCUCAGUCUAUGUGGUAAACCCAGCCUAAAUCAGAUAUAGAUUUUAUGUGAUAUUGUGCUCCUUGAUCUGUUGCAAGAGCCUUUCAGCUCAGGAGUUAAGUGAUCAUAAAAUUGCUGAUGUCAAGGCAAGGCUGUCGAGAAAAUGUAAAGUUAUAAUUUUAUUUUAUUUUUUUGGUUUAAGUCAUUGUAAUAAAGCAAAAAGACUAUUUAACAAUUUAGGUAGUGUGAAAAUUGCGCAUCCAAUAAUUAUACAGCUGAAGGGAAAUGACUUGCAUAAAAUACUUYAAAAUAACUUUUGCGAAAGUAUAUUAGCUGUGUUUGAAGAUAAUUAUCCAAUAAACAAUACACUCAAUUGCAAAAUCAUUGUCGGGUUUAAAACAGAGCAUAGCUGAGACCGAAAGGUAUUCUGCGAAAUGGCGGUUAUCCUCUGAAGUUUUUCAUUUAAAAUAAACAUUCAAUAUGAAACGUGUUUAAAGCCUCAAUGACUCUCGUCGGUGCAACAAUUUAUAAACAUUCCAGGAGUUGUAUGACUGCUACAUUAAAUUAACGUGUAUCCCAUGUACCAUAUCGGUCUCAGCUUCUAUGUUCUCUGUUUUUGUACCCGGUAAUGAUUUUACGAUUGAGCCGGUGUAUGUUGUAUAUUGUGCUUCCGGUUUUUGCAAAACGCAGUCCCAGGGUCCGGUUGCAUGAAGGUUUCUAAAAAAAAAAAGAACGGGUUCUCAUAUCUAAAGAGAGCUUUAUGCCACCAGACCCCAGGUUACGAAAUGGGAAGUGUAAGUUACCUGAGUACUAUAAAUCGAACGCUUGUGAAUUAUAUUAGUAGAGUGAAGUCAUUAAACGCGUAAAAUAGAUAUUAGACUAAUACACGUUAGUAGACCAUAAUUCCAUUGUUUUCUUUUGUGUCUAUUCUUAUACUAAACAUUUUAUUUCGCGGGUUAAAUGCCUUCAUUCUAAUAAGGUUUGAUAUCGUGUAAUGAGAUAUAUGUUUUGCAAUAAAUAAUCAGUGAUGAGUGUGUAUAA